CAAGGUCGGCUCGAAGCUCUCUGACCGCCAUCUGCUUUUGCGACCGCCCAUUUUGCAGGCUUGCAGCCUCGUGGGCAUGGACGAAUACACCGCGUCGAGUCCGCUCGUCACUAACGACGCGGCGCGCCAUGAUUCGACGGCCCACUCCAGCGAUGACACAGGCGUGCAGCCACUCGUGGCUGUCCGUGGCGACGCGAUGCCGCCGCACAUGGUGAGCCCGACCGGCGGAAGUGGCCGCCACAGUGAGCCUUUGUCCGAGCCGUCGACGGAGCUGGCACGGCCGACAGUGACGCCGGGCCACAGGAGGCAGGGUUCGCGGGCCCUGGAGAGGCUCACCGACACGGUGGCUCCCGCGGCUGCCGCCACGGCGGCGGCGGUCAGCGGCGCAGUCAAGGCGGUGGGCGCGAGCCUCCCGGAUCCAAUCUCGCUGCUGAUGCCGUCGUCGCGGCGUGCGAACGACACGAGCUCGCUCCGCUGGUGGCUGGGCACGCUCGUCUCCGCGACUGCCUUUGUCCUCGGCGCCUUCUUCGCAGGCGGCGCACUUAGCUGCUGGGGAAGCGACUACGAGCGCGGCUGCGCGACACAGGCCGUCAACCUGCCCGACCACGGGGUGGAGACGGAGAUGAAGCUGCUCGACUCGGUCGUCCUCCUCUACCUCGGCCUCUGCCUCCUCGGCGGUGGCGGCGGUGGCCUCGCCAGCCGCCUCUACCUGCUGCGGCGCCGCGCGCAAAUCGUCGCGCGCGUGCGGCGCGAGCUGGACGGCGUUGAGACGCGCGGAGAGGCGGGCCGACAUCUCAGAGACACCUCGUAGACACCUCCGGCCCCCGACACCUCCUCAGCACGCGGGGCCACCCCGCGGCCAGACGCUGCCGCCGUCCCCGCCAGUCGGAGCCGUCCGGGACACGUCCACGGCGCGUCCGCAGGUGACGGAGCGGCUGAUGGCGGGGCUGAAGCGGUCGAUGGACCUGGUCCACGACCCGUCGCUCCGGCUCGCCCUCUCGUUCGAGGGCCUCUCCUACCGCCUCCCUUCGGGCGAGGCGGUCCUCACCGACGCUUGCGGCGAGGUGCUGCCGGGCGAGCUCACCGCGCUGAUGGGCCCGUCCGGGUGCGGCAAGUCGACACUCAUCAAUCUGCUCUCCGGCAAGCUGACGCCCUCGUCCGGCUCCAUCCGGCUGAACGGCCGCCCCGCGCGACCGCGCGAGGUGCACAAGCUGAUCGCCUUUGUGCCGCAGGAGGACGUGUUGCUGCCCACGCUCACCGUCACCGAGUCGCUCUGGGUGUCCGCGCGGCUGCGGCUGCCUGCAGAGACGCCCGCGUCGCAGCUGAACGAGUGGGUGGUCCGGCUGGUCGACUUGCUCGGCCUGACGCACGUCAAGGACGCGGCCAUCGGCGACGUUGCGCGGAGGGGCCUGUCGGGCGGCCAGCGCAAGCGAGUCAACGUCGGGGUCGAGCUUGCGGCCGACCCGUCCCUCCUCUUCCUCGACGAGCCUACCUCCGGCCUCGACUCGACCGCCGCCCUCGAGCUCUGCUCGUGCCUCGUCGGCCUCGCGUCGCACGGGAUCGCCGUCUGCGCCGUGCUGCACCAGCCGCGCCUCUCUCUCUUCGAGCUGACGCACAAGCUGCUCCUGCUCGACCCGUCGGGGAGGACCGUCUACAUGGGACCCACCGAGGCCGCCGCAGACCACUUUUGCAGCCUCGGCUUCCGCGCAGCCUUCGAGAGCUCGCGCGAGAACGUGGCCGACCUGCUGCUCGACGCGAUCUCGGGCGCCAUCCGCCCGUCGGAGCAGACAGCGGCGCCGUCGGACCAGCAGACGCCCCACGGCGCGGCGCGCAGCCUCGACCUCGCCGAGGCGUGGAGGGCGGCGCGCGCAGACACGGCCGCCG